UUAACGAAGAUGAUCUAUAGAGUCGUAGAAGAAGAAGAGAGAAUAUAUAUUUUAGCAGAAAGAAGGAGAAGAUCCAAAGCAAGUGAUGCAUGAGGCUGGUUUCUGGUCCAAUUCCAAAGCCGCCGAUUCCGAUGGCCGACACCAUUCCCCGGCGCCAAGGAGACCCGACAAGGACGCCGAGCGCCGCUGCCGCUGCGCCAUCCAUCCAACCCCGCAAAAAAAUCCCCCCGUUCCCCCUUCCCUCGUUAUCUAUCUCGCCGCGCAAAAAUCCAAGCCAAAUCGCCCACGGGUCCUGCCACUGCCGCGGUGCCGCUCCUCCCCUUCCUUCUCCGGUUCUCCCCGAGUGUGAGUGUGUGAGAGCUGAGAGGAGCCAAGUGCGCCAUACAUAUACCUCGACUCGCUGCUCGCCUGCUCUGCUUGCCGAGAAAAAGGAGGGGAGGCGACUUGUCUUGUCACUUCUCAGUUCACUCUCUCGGCACGCUGGCUUUGCUCCCCCCUGAUCGAGGGGAGAACAGUGGUGGCGGUGGCCGUGCUCGGCCGAGAGGUCAGCUCAGUGGUCAGGAGCUGGGAGCAGUAGCCUGAUUAUUAUCUCCCUCCCUCUCUCUUUCUCCGUGCGCGUGCACGAGGCUCUCUUCUCCAUUCCUUUUCGCCUGGCUGCCUCGAGCUUGAAGAAGGAGGAGGGGCGGCGUAGUAGCUUGGCCUGCUCCUGCUCCUGCUCCUGCUCGCCCCCCUUUCUGCUGCUUCCUUCCAGUCCCGGCGACCGUGGCAUGGACGGCAAUGGGAGAUCGGCGGCGAACCACAAGAAGCCUCUCGCCGCGGACAAUGACCUGGUGGAGCUGCUGUGGCACAACGGGGCCGUCGUGGCGCAGCCGCAGACGCACCCGAGGCCGGCGCCCGGCGGGGAGACGGCCGCGUGGUUCCAGGACGACGUCGACGUGCUGGGGAACGACGUGUACGCGCAGCUCUGGCACAACAUUGCCACCCCGGACGUCGCGUGCGCGGCGCUCCCGGGGCCGAGCUCCCACCCUCCCCCGCCGCCGCCGAUGCGGAGCGGCAUCGCCUCCAGCUGGACCGGCGGCGACAUCGGGUCCACCUUCUGCGGCAGCAACCAGGUCCCGGAGGUGCCGGCGGGGGGCAGGGAGGAGGGGAGCGCCGCGCCGCCGUCCGAGGGGACGCGCGGGGCCAGCACGCGCGGCACCUCGUCGUCCGGCGGGUCCGGGAGCAACUUCGGGGGCUCCGGCCUGCCGAGCGAGAGCGGCGGCCGUGUCCACAAGAGGAAGGGGAGGGGCAAAGACGACUCUGAUAGCCGCAGCGAGGAUGUUGAGUGUGAGGCCACUGAAGAGACCAAAUCGUCGAGGCGGCACGGGUCGAAGCGGAGGAGCAGGGCAGCCGAAGUUCAUAACCAGUCAGAGAGGAGACGAAGGGACCGGAUCAACGAAAAGAUGCGGUCGCUGCAAGAACUCAUACCCCACUGCAACAAGGCCGACAAAGCAUCAAUAUUGGAUGAGGCGAUUGAGUACUUGAAGUCCCUCCAAAUGCAAGUUCAGGUUAUGUGGAUGACGAGCGGGAUGGCGCCAAUGAUGUUUCCUGGUUCUCACCAGUUCAUGCCACCGAUGGCGGUAGGCAUGAAUUCGGCAUGCCUGCCUGCGGCACAGGGUCUAAAUCAGAUGGCAAGAGUGCCAUACAUGAACCAUACCUUGUCAAAUCACAUCCCUAUGAACCCAUCUCCAGCAAUGAACCCUAUGUAUGUUGCAAACCAGAUGCAAAACAUUCAGCUGAGAGAAGCAAGUAAUCAUUUCCUUCACCCAGAUGGCGGGCUAGCAACGGCACCUCAGGUAGCAGGACCAUAUGCUUAUACACCACAAGUAGCACCAAAAAACCAGAUACCGGAAGUGCCGGAUUGUACUGUUGUGCCAACCUCUGGGCCCGGACAACCACCCGCGCCUGAUGGAAUUUAGAAUGACCAUAAUUUGGGUAUGGACUGUGUCGACAACCUGCACAUGGGCCAUCUUCCUGGAAUUCGCUGAAAAUACUAACAUGAUAAGCAGAUAGCACCCAUAUUGCUGUUAUAUGUCUCGAUCAAUACGCGUCUGACAUAAACACUAGAAGUAUUUGUAAAUGCUGAUAGCAAUUUUCUCUCCCAUUCAUGUGAGAGGAAUAUAACUUUUCUUUUCUUUUUAUAGAAAAAUGUGUACAUGAUAAUAGCAGUCGGUUUGUAGCAAUUUUGAAAAUAAGGCGCCUAGGGACGUCUGGUUUACUGGAGAGAAGAAAAACAGUGGUUUAAAUGCUUGUUGUCAAAUGUCCAACAUCCAACCAACCAGAUCCAGGGGGGAAGGAACAGAAGAGGUCGAAACAAUCAUAACAUCAAACCUUACUCCUCCUUUAAAGCCAAGAUUUGUUCUGCAGGGGGAGAAAGAACAAGAACUUGCCGGGCCGCCACGGAGCCGUCUGCUUCGCCGUGCCCCUGCAAGCGCCGCGUGCGCGCACGGUCACUCCGGCGUUACGCUUAUCGACAAAGCGGUUCGGCAUCCUUCCUUCACAUUCUGAGAGGGAAUUCUGUGGUGAUGCAAGAGUGUGCGGUUUCUCUCCGGCUUUCGCCUGAUGUCUACGGCACCGGGCCGGACCAAGUGCACGCUAUGGUUGUUGCAUGGUCCUCCUGGCAACUAUCGAAUGCAGAUGCUGCUGGGGCUGCAACUGGCCGUGGGAUCGUAUCCCCUGAGCUUUCCUGUCUGCUGCUGCAACUGGUAAAAAAUGCUUGAUUCCCCCGGAGCAGCCUGCUCAUCUGUUGCCCUCUCGCCGGCGCUUUCUUCUCGAUGAAAAUGACGCGACACGUGUCCGGGCAAAAAUAAUUUUGUUUCUCCCGUGCACUGCCGUUGUUUUCCUGCACUUGCCUGAUGUCUGUACUGACAAAUAGAGAAGGUUGCAAAAAGAAAUUGUAAAAUAAUUUUGUUUCUCCCGUGCACUGCCGUUGUUUUCCUGCACUUGCCUGAUGUCUGUACUGACAAAUAGAGAAGGUUGCAAAAAGAAAUUGUAAAAUAAUUUUGUUUCUCCCGUGCA